AUUUCGUUCUUUUUGGGAAAAGGAAGGCGGUUGAUAACGCGACCCGAUCGGUUCAUUUUUUGGCGCAGUUCGUUCGAUGACACAUCAUUCUACUGCUUACAAGCAUAGAAUAUUCUCUUUUAGGUACUUUCGGUAACUUUACAGCGCACAACAUCUAACGCUUCUGUGGAUAGAAUGUCCGUCACUAAAGCAAAAGAAAAUGGCGCGAGUCCUGUGGAAUUCACGGACAUCAUCGGUGGACACGGUCGCUGGCAGUUGGGCAUCUUCACCUUUUGCCUGUUCGCUGCGGCCCCGCACUGCAUGCACAACCUCAUCAUGACCUUCUUCGCCCCCAACAUUGACCAUUGGUGCGCCAGACCGUCAGAGAUCCUACGAGCAAACGUAUCAACAGAGCUGUGGAAAAACACAAGCUUGCCAAUAGUAUCAAAGCGUGGUGGCGGUUGGGAACUCAGUCAUUGCACGAUGUUCAACAAAUCGUUUGUAAAUGGAACACACUAUAGCGUUCUGUCGGUGGACGAAGACGCUACGGCCUGCAGUUCUUGGGAGUAUGACGUCACGUUCUAUGAAUCAACAAUGGUAGAUGAGUGGGAUUUAGUCUGUGAUAGAGAAUGGUUGGUGUCUCUCGCCAAGACUGUCUACAUGGUCGGAUUCUUGGUUUCCGUCACCAUGUGCGGCCAAGUGUCGGAUAGAUUCGGCAGGCGACCAGUCGUCAUCACGUGCCUGAGCGUGUUCCUGAUAGCAGCUUUCCUGACUUUGUUUUGCACUAACUUCAUCAUGUUCAUUGUACUGCGCUUCUUCGUCGCCCUCGGGCUCACGUCCGUCUUCACCGUCUCAUACGUCAUAUUGACCGAAGUGAUUAGUGCGGAGUACCGAUCGUUCUACUGCUUCACUUUCAAGUUGGGGUGGGUGUUUGCUUACAUGCUGCUGCCUGGAAUCGCCUGGCUCAUUCCUAGCUGGUUCUGGUUGCAGUUCGCAAUCACGGUCCCCUGGUUGUCUCUGCUGUGCGUUUACUGGGUGAUUCCAGAAACUCCUAGGUGGUUGCUAACGCACGGGAAGUUUUCUGAGGUGGAGGAAAUACUCAUCAAAGCUGCCAGGAAAAAUGGAAAAGAUAUGAAGCAAAUCAAGUUUGCUAUUACACGUUUUAUCAACCAGCAAUCCAAGCUUAAACCAGAGGAGAAGAGAAACGAAACAGUUCUUGACCUACUGAAGACACCAGCUCUUAGGAGGAACACGAUCAACAUCUACUUCUGCUGGUUCAUCAUCUCGUACAUUUACUACGCCCUCUCGUGGAACACGAACGACUUAGGCGGCAACCCGUACCUCAACUUCUUCAUCAGCGGGGCGGUGGAGCUCCCGUCGACCAUCAUCUUCAUGUACAUCAGCAAAGCCAUCGGCCAUCGGAUCGCGCUGCUCAUGUCCAACAUCAUGGCCGGUCUGUGCCUCCUGCUCAUGAUCGCAGUUCCCACAGAGGUGGUGUGGCUCACCGUCACUUUCUCCAUGGCCGGAAAAUUCUUCAAUUCGGCCUCUUUUGACAUCAUCUACAUCUAUAGCGCAGAGAUCUUUCCCACGGUCGUCAGAAACGUUGGAGUCGGAUCCAGCUCUACGUGGGCCCGAGUGGGGGCGCUGCUUGCGCCGUUCAUCCGGCAAAUGGCUGACGUCACGCAUCCCGUGGUGCCUCUGGCGGUUCCGGGAGGUCUGUCCGUCCUGAGCGGUCUCCUUCUCCUACUCCUUCCGGAGACGAAAGGACGCAAGAUUCCGGACACGCUCGAAGAAGGAGAACAGUUCGCGAAAAGAUGGAAAUCUUACAAAGUGUCCGACACGUGCAACGGAACAAAAAACGACUUCAAGCUAAAUGAGCGAUAACGCCUCAACAUUGUGAUGUAUUUCAAACUCUUAUGACUGGAAUGUUGCCCGUUGCAUCGACAGUUUUGGCACCAAGCUCAAAAGUGGUGAAGACCCUGCUGAGUCUCGAGCACUUCAUAGAAACUUAUUUGUUUAUUUUUAUUCCUUAAUUAUUGAAUAUGCAGAAUACCGAGUUCCUUUAUAUUUAUAAAAGGUGUGAUUGGAAUAGGUUUCAGUUAACAGUGAAUCUACUUCCGAAGACUGACUAAAUCCUUAAAGUAAAGGUCUACCCUUAAAUCCAUAUUUUUUACAAGUGUGAGAGAAAAAUCCAGCAAACAGCGAUUCCACUUUCUUAAACCGACUAAAUUCUUGAAAAAAAUGUCUGUCAUUAAAUCCAUGCCUUGUCAAGAUGUGCAUGAAAGUUGCAGUUAACAAUGAUUCCAUUUCCGUAAACUGACUAAAUUCUUGAAGUAAAUGUCUGUCAUUAAAUCCAUGCCUUGUCAAGAUGUGCAUGAAAGUUGCAGUUAAUAGUAACUUCACUUCUGUAAACUGACUAAAUUUUUGAAGUAAAUGUCUGUCAUCAAAGCCAUGUCUUGCCAAGAUGUGCAUGAAAGUUGCAGUUAACAGAGUCUUCACUUUCAAAGACUAAUUGAAUCCUUGCAGUAAAGGUCUGUCAUUAAAUCCAUGUGUUUUCAAGAUGUGCAUGAAAGUUGCAGAUAACAGUGUCUUCACUUCCAAAGACUAAUUGAAUCCUUGCAGUUAAGGUCUGUCAUUAAAUCCAUGUGUUUUCAAAAUGUGCAUGAAAGUUGCAGUUAACAAUGUCUUCACUUUGAAGGACUAAUUGAAACCAUGCAGCAAAGGUCUGUCAUUAAAUCCAUAUCUUGUCAAGAUGUGCAGUUGGAGAUAAUAGUGUUUUUACAACCAAAGACUGACUAAACAUUUGAAGUAAAAGGUCUCUUGUUCAAUCUAAGGCCCCUAAAUAUCUAUAAAGCGGCUCUAGUUCAAUCCACAUUAUCUUAUAAGGUAGGAUUGCGUGUUAAAUAUUUAUUUACCUCGUAUAAAUAAUACAUUUUCUUGACUGUAGCAGAGCCAUCUCAUCCUGGUGGCAUAAUUCAUGAGCAAUCUUUACAGAAACUACAGAUUUCCAACAAGCAUUAUCUUCAUGGCGAUACCAGCCCGAAUGUGACAGAAACAAAAUAUGUCUGUCCCAAUAGAGAGUUGCUACGGAUAUUGAAUACCACACUAACGGCAAGGAUUUAUGUUUUCCGUUUGGCAUCAUACAGCAAUUGACAAAUAAUGGGUCUCUGGUGAUCGCAGUUUUUUAAUAAAGGAAUAAAAAUGACCAAUGAGUAAAAGAUUGACAGCAUCAGUGCGUUUUAUUAUUUAAAACCGUUGACGUGAGCUGCAAGUCUGCAACAAAGUUUUUAUCGCUGUUGAAUCUGAUGCAAAAUCAGUGCGAGACUCGAUAGAGCCUACUUAUGUUGAUUUAUAGACAUUCUUUUAUAUACGUUGAAGACCUUUCCUUCAUCAUCAGACUUUUUUUUUAUACUCAGCACUUUUAAAGUAGCCUUUUGAAGCAAUCAUUAUUUCUGAUGUCUUGUUGAAUUCAUCAUUCUUUUAGAUGCCUUGUUGAAUAAACCAUUAUUUUCGAUGUCUUGUUCUUUCUGAUGCCUUGUUAAGUAAAACAUUUUUUCUGAUGUCUUAUUGAAUAAAUCAUUCUUUCUGAAGUCUUAUUGAAUUCAUCAUUCUUUUAGAUGCCUUGUUGAAUAAACCAUUAUUUUCGAUGUCUUGUUCUUUCUGAUGCCUUGUUAAGUAAAACAUUUUUUUCUGAUGUCUUAUUGAAUAAAUCAUUCUUUCUGAAGUCUUAUUGAAUUCAUCAUUCUUUUAGAUGCCUUGUUGAAUAAACCAUUAUUUUCGAUGUCUUGUUCUUUCUGAUGCCUUGUUGAGUAAAUCAUUUUUUCUGAUGUCUUAUUGAAUAAAUCAUUCUUUCUGAAGUCUUAUUGAAUAAAUCAUUCUUUUAGAUGCCUUUGUUGAAUAAACCAUUAUUUUCGAUGUCUUGUUCUUUCUGAUGCCUUGUUGAGUAAAACAUUUUUUCUGAUGUCUUAUUGAAUAAAUCAUUCUUUCUGAAGUCUUAUUGAAUUCAUCAUUCUUUUAGAUGCCUUGUUGAAUAAACCAUUAUAUUUUCGAUGUCUUGUUCUUUCUGAUGCCUUGUUGAGUAAAACAUUUUUUCUGAUGUCUUAUUGAAUAAAUCAUUCUUUCUGAAGUCUUAUUGAAUUCAUCAUUCUUUUAGAUGCCUUGUUGAAUAAACCAUUAUUUUCGAUGUCUUGUUCUUUCUGAUGCCUUGUUGAGUAAAUCAUUUUUUCUGAUGUCUUAUUGAAUAAAUCAUUCUUUCUGAAGUCUUAUUGAAUAAAUCAUUCUUUUAGAUGCCUUGUUGAAUAAACCAUUAUUUUCGAUGUCUUGUUCUUUCUGAUGCCUUGUUGAGUAAAACAUUUUUUCUGAUGUCUUAUUGAAUAAAUCAUUCUUUCUGAAGUCUUAUUGAAUUCAUCAUUCUUUUAGAUGCCUUGUUGAAUAAACCAUUAUAUUUUCGAUGUCUUGUUCUUUCU